CUCUUCCCUGGCUCUUCCUUCAUGCCGACGACAGCUAUCUUCAGGAGCAUGACCUGUGGUGCUGUGCGCACUGCUUCUCAUCGGGCGAAAGCGAUCGGUCAUCAUAUGAUGUCCACAACCACUUCCUCAACAUCAGAACCCACAGUAAAAUUUGAGUCCAACUCAGCACUUAGGUCGUAUAUUCUCGACAGACCAUUGAAACGCAAUGCUCUUGACGAACAAAUGCUUACGCUUCUUCGUCCAAAAAUUGAGGAAUGGAGUGCAUCCGAUCUUUGCGGUACCAUAGUCGGGAGGGGAUCCGGUCCCGUGUUUUGUUCUGGAGGAGAUGUUGCAAGCGUUGUCCAAAAUGCGGCGGAUCCUGCCACCCGACCAAAAGCAAUGGACUUUUUCAAGAGAGAGUUUGAAAUGGACUAUAUUCUGGCAGCCCUCAAAAAGCCAUAUGUGGUGAUUAUGGAUGGGGUAACAAUGGGCGGUGGGGUAGGACUUGCGGCACCAGCUCCUUUCAGGGUCGCAACCGAGAAUACGCAGUUUGCUAUGCCUGAGGCAAAAAUAGGAUACUUUCCUGAUGUGGGUGGAAGCUACUUCCUGUCGAGGUUGGAUGGCGAAAUUGGGACUUAUCUGGCGCUCACGUCGCAAACACUGAAAGGCAGAGCUGUGUUCGAGUACGGCUUUGCUACGCACUUCAUUCCUUCCAGACGAAUCCCGAUGCUUCUCGAUCGACUCGCAGAAUUAGACCAACCGCAUCCAAGCUUGGUUGAUCAUACCCUUGAGGAGCUGUCCUCCGAACGGGACGACAGUGAGCCCCCCGCGCUGUUCACCGGAAGACUUCGCGUUGCGCUUGAUUCUGCAUUCAGGCAUGAUAGUGUAGAAAGGAUAUUCAAAGACCUGAGGACGCUUCUGCAAGACGGCGAUGCCACUGUGAGGCAGUGGGCGUCUGAUAGUCUCGAAAUGCUGGCAAUGCGAAGUCCUACCAGUCUCAAGGUCGCAUUAAAAGCGAUUCGCCGAGGCAAAAGAAUGACUCUUCGAGAAGCGUUAGAAAUGGAGCUGAAGAUAGCCUCUGCGUAUUGUAGCGGGGCCAGUCCUGACUUCGACAUCGGUGUCAAGGCAGUACUUAUUGAGAAGUUGAAGACAAGACCCGAGUGGUCACCUUCUUCUUUGGAAGGGGUUUCAGAGGAUAUCGUCUCCCGCUUCUUUGAGCCGACGUCGCCGUAUGUGUCAUCUGCACCUCGCCUGGAGAUCCCGGAACAUUUGGCAGCAGAGGCGAUCUCAAUUCCGAUGAGAUAUGCACUUCCUAGUGAAAACGAGAUCGGUGCUGUUAUUCGUGGUUCCCACAGUUCUGGCGGGGAGAUGGGCACACGCGCAGAAGAUGUAUUGGCACGAUUCGCGGAGUUACGUCCGGGAAAACUUGGUGUAAAGGAGAAGGUUCUGGAGGUUAUACAACGAAGGUGCAAGGUCACAGAUAACGCUGACGGCAACUUCGUGUGGCUUAAAUGGAUCCACUAAACCAAGCCACCUGAGCUUUGGGAAAACAUGGGCACCCACACAUGUAUGUCCAGAAUGUGAACAAUCGCUCAAUGAACAAUUGAUGUCCAUGUUCACUGUAAACGUUGAAUUCUUACAUGCAACUUCACCGCU